CCAGUGUCCCCACCACCAAUUGAAGAGGCAGCAGGUCUCCUGGUUCCUGUUUUUCUUCUCUUCCGCCUGCUCAUCAGGAUCUCCUGGCAGCAUGUCCACUGUUCCCCCCAGCAUGGACCCCACCAAGAUGGGGGUAGGACGCUCCAUCGCCGUGCUGACCUCCGGAGGCGAUGCCCAAGGUAUGAAUGCGGCUGUGAGGGCCACGGUUCGAGUCGGCCUCUACACGGGAGCGAAAGUCUUCUUUGUUCAUGAAGGCUACCAGGGGCUUGUGGACGGGGGGGUGAACAUUCGCCCCGCGACAUGGGAGAGCGUGUCCAUGAUGCUGCAAUUGGGCGGCACUGUUAUCGGCAGUGCCCGUUGCACAGACUUCGAGACCAGGGAGGGCCGUAUGCAGGCGGCAAACAACCUGGUCAAGCUGGGCAUCACCAACCUGUGUGUGAUCGGGGGCGACGGCAGUCUGACCGGCGCCAACAAGUUCAGGUGUGAGUGGAGCGAGCUGCUGCUCGACCUCGUGAGAGCCGGUAAGAUCACCGAUGACCAGGCUAAGAGCUCCACACAUCUCAACAUUGUUGGCAUGGUGGGCUCCAUCGAUAAUGACUUCUGCGGCACCGACAUGACAAUCGGCACUGACUCGGCCCUGCACCGCAUCAUAGAGGUGGUGGACGCCAUCACAACGACAGCCCAGAGCCACCAGAGGACCUUUAUUCUGGAGGUGAUGGGCAGACACUGUGGAUACCUUGCCCUGGUAACGGCCCUGGCGUGCGGCGCUGACUGGGUCUUUAUUCCUGAAAUGCCUCCAGAUGAGGGAUGGGAGGUUCAUCUGUGUAGGAGACUGGCAGAUCAACGAGCCAGAGGCUGCCGCCUGAAUGUGAUCAUUGUUGCUGAGGGAGCCAUGAACAGGGACGGCAAGGCCAUCACCUCUGAGAUCAUCAAGCAGCUGGUGACCAAGAAGCUGGGCUUUGACACGCGCACCACAGUCCUCGGCCACGUGCAGAGAGGCGGCACUCCCUCGGCCUUCGACAGGAUCCUGGGCAGCAGGAUGGGCGUUGAGGCAGUGAUGGCUCUGCUGGAGGCCACCCCCGAGACCCCUGCCUGUGUGGUCAGCCUGUCAGGGAACCAGGCCAUCAGGCUUCCCCUCAUGGAGUGCGUGCAAGUGACAAAGGAUGUGACUGCUGCCAUGGCUGAGGGUCGAUUUGAAGAUGCUAUUAAGCUCAGGGGAAAGAGUUUCGAGAAUAACUGGAACACAUACAAACUGUUGGCUCACAUCAACCCCCCUGAUACCAAGAGCAACAUCAACGUGGCCAUCCUUAACGUCGGGGCCCCCUGCGCUGGUAUGAACGCGGCCGUCCGCUCCGCCGUCAGGAUGGGCAUCAUCCAGGGCCACAACAUGCUGGCCGUGCACGACGGCUUCGAGGGCCUCGCUCACGGACAGAUUGAGCCCAUUGCCUGGACUGCAGUCAGUGGCUGGACUGGAAAGGGGGGAUCUGAGCUGGGAACCAAGCGCUUGCUGCCCUCUAAGAUGAUGGAGGACAUCAGCCUGAAUAUCGCCAAGUUCAACAUCCAUGCCCUGGUGAUAAUUGGUGGUUUUGAGGCGUAUGUGGGCGGCCUGGAGAUGGUGCAGGCCAGGGAGAAGUACGAGGAGCUGUGCAUUCCCAUGGUGGUCAUCCCCGCCACCGUCUCCAACAAUGUCCCUGGCUCCGACUUCAGUGUUGGCGCCGACACGGCCCUGAACACCAUCGUUGAGACUUGUGACAGGAUCAAGCAGUCUGCAGCUGGCACCAAGAGGAGGGUGUUCAUCAUUGAGACCAUGGGGGGUCACUGUGGAUACCUGGCCACCAUGGCGGGGCUGGCGGCAGGGGCCGACGCUGCAUACAUCUACGAGGACAAAUUUGGCAUCAGAGACCUGGAGGCAAACGUCGAGCAUUUGGUUGAGAAGAUGAAGACAACAGUGAAGAGAGGCUUGAUUCUCAGGAAUGAGAGCUGCAAUCCCAACUACACAACUGACUUCAUCUUCAACCUGUAUUCUGAAGAGGGAAAGGGCGUGUUCGACUGCCGCAAGAAUAUCCUGGGACACAUGCAACAAGGUGGUACUCCAACACCUUUCGACAGGACCUUUGGAACAAAGAUGGGAGCUAAGUCUGUCCUGUGGCUGACUGAAAAACUGAAGGAGUGUUACCGCCAUGGUCGUAUCUUCGCCAACACACCUGACUCUGCCUGCAUGUUGGGGAUGAAAAAGAGAUCACUGACCUUCCAGCCUCUAAGCGAGCUGAAGGAUCAGACCGAUUUUGAGCACCGCAUCCCAAAGACGGAGUGGUGGUUGAAGCUGAGGCCCAUCAUGAAGAUCCUGGCCAAGUACAACGUCAGUCUGGACACCACUGAGCAUGCCCACAUGGAGCAUGUGAUCAAGAAGAGGAGUCCAGCCGUGAAGGCCGUGCCGGUGAAGAAGGAAGAUGCUUCACCCAAGGAGACGGACAAAGAUUCAUAACUUUCCUGUUGACAUUCUAGAUAUGCACCUUUCCAGAUAUGCAUUUGUUUAGCAGAAUAUGUUUGAGGAUGUGAGUUUUCUGCCUGGCUUCAUCUGUGUAUGCCUUGGAAAUGAUGCUACUCUCUACUUCAUAUUAAGUAAACUCAUCUGCUUGGA